CAGGCGGCGGCCCUGAGCUCGGCUGCAAGCGGCCGGGGUAGCCUGGCCCGGCCGGGCGGACACCGGGUUCCCCCGCCCGGCAGCUGGGCAGGAGCCGGGGGCGAGGGGGCCGCGCUGCUGCCCGUGUAUGGGGCUGGGGGCCGGGAUCCCUAGCGGGGGCUGCUGGGGCCCAAAGAAAGAUGGCAAACAUCGGUGACCUGCCUGAAGAUGUCCUGGUGGAACUCUUUUCCCUGGUCCCCGCCCGGGAGCUGAUUUGUAACUGCCGGCUUGUCUGUGUCCUGUGGCGGGAUGUGAUCAACUUAGCCACUGUGUGGAAACGCAAGUGCCAGCGGGAGGGUUUUAAUCAUGAGAAGUGGGACAAGACUAUCCAGGACUGGAAGAUCUUCUACUUCCUCUGCAGCCUGAAGAAAAACUUACUCAAAAAUCCCUGUGCUGAAGAGAGCUUUCAGUUCUGGAAUCUGAAACCGAACGAGGGAGAUAAAUGGAAAGUUGAGGACCUGCCUGGGCAUCACGGAAGAGACUUUCCCAGCCCACAAGUGCGCAAAUAUUUUGUCACCUCUUAUGGGAAGUGUCUAAAGUCUCAGCUCAUUAACCUAAAGGAAGAGGGUUACUGGGAUCAGCUGAUGGAUGAAAUACGGCCUGAUAUUAUGGUCAAGGACUGGUAUGCUGCCAGGUUUGACUGUGGGUGCUGUUAUGAACUCUCUGUGCAGCUGCUCUCUGCAGACUACAUCGUCCUUCACGAGUUCCGACCCGAACCAGUGGUCAUAGAGCAAUGGAGUGAUGCUGAGUGGAGAGAGAUCUCUUACACCUUCCACAACUACAAGGCUGGAGUUCGUCACAUCCUGUUCAAACACGGAGGACAGGACACCCAGUUCUGGGCAGGAUGGUAUGGGUGCAGAGUGACAAACAGCAGCAUCACCAUUGAGCCAGGGAUGUCACCGUAGAGAGGCCAUGGGGCAGGUGCCGGCUCGGGGCUCUGGAAUCAAAAGGCCGCUCAUAGCUCUUGAGGUAAUCUACGUGAGCUCUUCCAGUUCAGACUUGGGCUGGUGUCAGCGUUUUGGUUUUUUUGCUGCCCCCAGCCUCUCCGUGACUGUAUUUUCAUACCCUGUCUGAAGAGCAAGUGCUCCUGGGUGACACCAAGCCUCCUACAAGCUCUGCCCUCUGAAGUGACUUGUCUUCCCUGCGACUCCACAUUCUCCUCAUGCAUCUCUCACCAGGGACAUCAGCCAGGCCAAGCAGCCAAGUGUCUUUCCCAUGACAGGAUGUGUGCUCCGGGGCUCCUGUCAGCCAAGGAAUCUGCCUCGUCUAACCUGCAGCACCUGUUUAAAGGAGAUCUUCAAAGGGGGCAGGAACUGAGCGUUUCUAUAGAAUAUCUGACAGGUUUAAGAGCUUGAGGGGGCGGGGGGAGGAUGUAACAGUGUGUGCUAACUCAGCACCCUGUCCCUCAUCUCCUCCUCUGUUCACACUAAUUGAAAGACAGGCCCUUGGCAGAGGAGGCCAGUUAACUGAGUGGGGGUAAGGCUGAGGGGCUUGGUGGGUGGAAAUAUCUCCAGCAGCUACACCCAUGGAAGGAAGAGGGGGAGCCUGGAGGAAGGCAGAACUGGCUGCUACUACUCCUGUCCCCCUUUGCUUCUGGGUGAGGGUAUGCUGCCGGCUCGCUGUAAACCGGGAAUGGACCUUUUUGGCCUGAGGGCCACAUUGGGGUAUGGAAAUCAUGUGGCGGGCCAUGAAUGCUCUCGAAAUUGGGGAUAGGGGUGUGGGAGGGGAUGAGGGCUCUGGGGUGGGGUAAGAAAUGAGGAAUUCAGGGUGCAAGAGGGGGCUCUCGGCUGUGGCAGAGGAUUGGGGGACCCUCAGGGGUGCAGACUCUGGGUGGUGCUUACCACAAGUAGCUCCCGGAAGCAUGUUCUGCUCCGGCAAUGAGGCGGUACCUGCAGACGGGGCAGUGUGCAGAGCCACCUGGCCACACCUCCACGUACUACGUAGGAGCCGGGGGGGGGGGUGUCAUUUCGGCUGAGUCCUGGGAGCCGGCCGGUGCUGGGCAAGCCCCCACUCCCCAGCGGGAGUGCCGGAGCAGGGCAAACCCCCGACCUCGCUCCCCAGUGGGAGCUGAGAGCCAGAUUAAACGGUCUGACGGGCCGCAUAUGGCCUGUAGUUUUGCCUACUGCUGCUGUAAACAUAAAAUACAAUAAACCAGGGUGGUGGUGAAGGAGAACUGGUGUGGUUGUGGUCAGUGGUUAAGGCCUGAAGGGACUCUCAGGGGACCACAUGUGGACAGGGACCUUUUGUUGUUUUCCCUACUUUACUGUGGCACUUUGCUUUGGAACACUAGCUCUCUCUCCCCCUAAAUUAGGAGCUAGGGUUGUUCUGAAUCUUUCAAGAGCUUUGCUUCCAACUGUUAAUAGUCUGAAUUAAAGUGCUUUCUUGGUAUCUCUAAUCAAACAUCUGGGUUCUCCAGGCAGCCACAGACGCUUCCUUGGAAAAUAAGGUGAGACUCCUAUGUGUAGUGUGUAAAGCAAGCAACAACAAAAAAUUGCACAGCCUCUUUUAUAUGCUGAAAAGUGAAUCAACCAGCUGGACUUAAGCCCUCUUCCCCCUGUAUGUCACCUUGCCAUGUUUCCUACAGCUUGGAAAGAAACUAGACCCUGAUUUCAGCCUUGGGUGAUAGCUGCAGAUUGACUAAGGAAAGUGAAGCUGAGGAGACCAGGUUUGUAGCUCUAGAGAACUCUCCCCCUGUACGCUAGCCCUGGGCAUAAUUGCUUUCGUGUGUGGAUAGAGGGAAGGUGCAGAGUGAUCCUAGCACCAAGGAAAGGGAGUUGGGGGUGAGGAAAAGAGGGGUUAUUUUUCUCUUCAUAAAUUGUCUGCCUUACACCUGAAGUGCUUAUGCUACUGGCGAGCCACUAGGAAUGAAUAAAGUGAUAUGUAUAUUCCUA